AGCGGCAGCCACAGUCGCUGGAGGAGCGCUUUCACUCUCGCCGCGCACAACCCAGCGUGCCGUAUCCGCGUCCUGCCGCACAGCUGCUAGUACACCACAGGCCGCGAGGGCAGCCAGCCGCACGCAAGCUCUGCACACCUGAGACCCUGAACCUGCAAGAUGAAGACUGGACUCCCUACUCCGGAGCAAGUGGCCUACGUGCGGAAGCAGCUGGGGACUAGCGAAAACGACAUCAGGGUGGCCAUCUUGGUGAUACGGAAGUGGCUGAAAAUGCAGCCGCACUUACCACAAAAUAUAGAUGACGCUCGGCUGGAACGCAUGUACAUCAACUGUAAGUGUAGUUUGGAGCGAGUCAAGACCUCCGUAGAUGCCUACUUCUCCCUCAAGAACAGAUACCCAGAGCUGCUCAUGAACAGGAAUCCCAGGGAAAUCAUAGGAGUGUGUAAGAAAUUCAUCACGAUGUUCCCGAUGCCGCGGCUCACGGACAGCUGCCUGCGCGUGUCGGUAACGACGAACAUCUGCGAGAACCCGGACGACUACGACCCACUCGUCAUGAGCAAAGCCAUCCUGCUGUGGUCGGAGCUGAUGCUGCGCGAGGACUACUCGCUGGGCGACAUCAUGAUCCUAGACAUGAAGAACGUGCAGGCGGGCCACGUCCUCAAGACGGGCAUCGGGCUGCUGCGUGGCCUCGAGAUGAUCUACAGGGGAGCUUACUGCCGGAGGAUAAAGGCGCUGCAUUUCGUCAACGCACCAAAGGUUAUGGACAUGAUAAUGACGCUAGUAAGGGCAGCACUACCGGAAAAAAUAAGGAAGAGGGUGAUGACUCAUCUGCCUGGAUCAAAUACUCUGUUUGACCAUUUGCCAAGGUCAAUGGUACCAAAUGAACUGGGAGGCACUGGUGGGCCAGCUGAAGAGCUAGCAGAAGACCAUCGCGAGAGGUACUGGCCGCUGGUGGACUGGUUCAUGGAGCAGGACCAGUUCGUCUCGAACGAAAGCAUGCGGCCGCACAACAUGACCUGUGGCAUGGAGAACGGAUUCAGCGUCGACGGCUCCUUCAAGAAGCUGUGCAUCGACUAGCUGGGAGGAGUAACGCACCCAGUGGUGUGCAAACCACUAGUAUUAUCUGCACAACACUUCGCUUCCCAGUUUCCUGUUUACGCAGGGACUCGCUCACGGAGUGCUGCAGUAUUAAUGAACGAUCGUACAAAGCGAUCGUUACUUCCGUAAUGCCGUUUGUAAAUAUAUUAUGUGUCUCUGCUAUGUUACUCUUAAUGAUUACUGUUACAGAGCGUAGAAUAUCUUUCCAGUGUUUACAAAGUGUCAGUCUGUUAAUACUGUUAUAACAUACCCGUGAUAAAACAAAUUAAUAUCCCUUAAUUUUGGAACGUUUUCCGUGUUAACAUAUAUGAUAGUGAAUAACUAUGCAAAUGUAUGUACACAAUUUUUAUUUAUUAAAUAAGCAUGCAAAUUUUAAAACAUCAA